AUGCAGGGGAGGAGCGCAGACCUGGCCAAGCACGCCCUCUCCUCCACCCGCAAACCCCGCGUCAUCCUCCUCUUCGGCAAGUCCCUCCCCAGGAAGCCCCUCCCCCAGUGGGCCCCUCCCCCCGGUAGGCCCCACAGCACCAGCCACCCCAAGCACUACCCAGUGCCCCACGCCGCCGGCGUCCUCCAACCCCCGGCGGCGCCGCCGCUCUUCAUCGCCGCCGCUCCUCCCCUCGUCACCGCCGCCCUCCCCCUCCCUCCAGCGGCCUCCGCCGCCUGGCCCCCGGCGGCACCGCCGCGACACCCCGUCCCCGGCACCGGCGUCUUCCUCCCCCCCACCCACCCGCCGCCCGAGGGCGAAGCGCCGCCGCCGCCGCAGCCCGCCGGCCAGGAUGACUCGCCGGGCGGCGCCGCCAAGAAGAAGCCGGCGGCUGGCUCCCCCCCGGCCGGAGGAGCUUCCUCUAAGUAA